AUGAACCAGAUGAAUGUCGCUGGCAUGAACCCCGGGGCCGGGGGCCCCGUGGGUGCGGUUCCCAUGAUCAAUAACGGUUCGACGGCUCCUCGUAACGACAGCAACGUGAACAAUCUCCCCGAUGGGAUGAUCAACUACCUCAACACCUACAUCUAUGACUAUUUCUUGAAGCGCGGCUACCACGAUUCUGCCCGUGCUCUGAUCAAGGACGAGUCGAUCAAAAUAAGCACGGAACCUCCCAUCAAGACGAGCCCGGGGCAUCGUCGCGACGGAGAUAUGAACGGGGUUGACGGAGAUGCGAUGAUGACGGAUGGUAAGGAUGGCGAGCCAGUGAAGAUCCCGGAUGAUCUCCCACGCCCAAGCCUUCCGAGUGAAAGUCCGCAAUCAUCUUUCCUCCUCGAUUGGUUCAGCCUUUUCUGGGAGUUCUUCUGGGCGCAGCGCAGAAAGGGAAAUAACAAUGACGUGAAGCAAUAUCUUCAGCAUACUCAGAAUAUGAUGCGCCUCCGAGAACAACAGCACAGUCAACUCUUACGACAGCCACCCAUGAUGCCAGCGCAAAUGCGGCAGCUUAACAUGAGAGGAAAUGCAAUGGUUCCUCCCAACCUUCAGAAGAGUGUGCUGCAGAACAAUACCUCUGGCCUCUCUCAACAACAAAUCGCCCAACUCCAGAAGAACCAACAGUUGCACAUGAUGCAGAUGCAAAGAGAUCAGUCCGAGAUGGACAUGAAUGGUCACCGUCCCCAGUCCCCUGCGUCUGCCGAGAACGCCCCUUCCCCAUCCAAGCGGCCCCGUCUGGAAGGCGGACCGAUGAACGGACAACAGUUAGCGCCUAACGGACGUGGUCAAGCACAGGGAAUGCCCGGUCAACCGAAUCCGCAGGCCCUUUUUAUGCAGAAUGGGGGUCUCAACCCACGAGGAAUGAACCCGGCCCAACUUCAGGCUUUCCAGCAGGGCCCGGGCGCGCAGCAGAAAUCAAUCCAGGUAUAUGCUCAAAAUUUAGCUCUUCACCACUCUCGCUCAGCAAUGAAUAACCAGGGCAUGCCGAAUGGCAUUAUGAAUCCCGGUGUGAUGCCAAACCAGACGGAUCUGAUGCCCAUGCCAGAAGGUCAGGGUAUGUACCCGAUGAACGGUGACUACUAUGGCGCGAAUGGUCAAAUGGCCCAGGUUCGGGCUGGGAUGCAGACGCCUGGCAAUCAGGGAAACCAUGCUCUUCAGGAUUAUCAGAUGCAGCUUAUGUUGCUGGAACAGCAGAAUAAGCGACGUUUGAUGAUGGCUCGCCAAGAGCAGGAUAGCAUGGCUCGUCCUGACGGCCAGCCCCCAAUGCCUGGGCAGCAGCAGUUGCCGCCAGGCACCUCUCCCCAAGGCAGCAGGGCGGGCGCCUCUCCGAACCCCAACGAUCAGAUGAAAAGGGGUACACCGAAGAUGCCGCAGACCGGUCUUCCAGGCUCUCCGAAUCCUGGCGAUGUCGCUCAAGGUCGUGGAUCUCCGGCUUCCAUGAAUUUCAACAGCGCCCAGAUGCCACCCGACAUGACGAACCCAUUCUUCGCCGCUCCGAACGGUAUGCGACCCCCGAGCUCGAACCCGGCAUUUACCACCGGUCCGCCGAUGGGCCAGCAAAUUCCUGCAGGUGCCCAGAUGCCGAAUCGCGCUUGGCAGCCGCAGCAGGGCGCUCAGGGCCAACCUAUGCCCCCACAGCAGUCCCCUGCGGCGCAGCCGGCCACGGGAACUCCCCAGGAACGCAACCAAAUGCCGCCGCCCCAGGCUCCUCCCGCUGCUGGGCCUAAUUCCGGACGCACGCAGCCGCCGUCUCCUCAGACCGGAGCCGCUGCCCCUCCCACACCCCAGCAAUCCAACAAGGCCGCACCCAAGGGGAAGAAAGACACGAAGGACACUAAUCGGAAGCGGCCGAAGAAGGCAGCUGGCCCUGCAGCGGCUGCAGCUGCCUCGAAUACUGCCGCGACCCCCUCGUCCGAGGCUGAGCAUGCGACGACGCCAUCGACGCCGAUCACGCCUCAGCAUCCGAACUCGUUCAACAAGCCGGGGCCCAAUACCACGACGAGUGCGCCCCAGCAACCCACAUCGGCGCCUGCCGCACCGACGCUGGUGCAGCCGCCGCCACCCGACCAGAACCAGCCGUUCAAUGACCUUAGCAUGCCAGACGCGUCUGCUUUCAACCUGGACUUCAGCGCCCUGGAGAAUCCGGACAUUCUGGAGAACUUCGACUUCGAUACCUUUCUCAACACUGACGCGGAUACGGCGGGGUUUGGGUUUGAUCCCAACAUGCCAUAUCCUGGGGACGGCGUUGAGACUGGUGCCGGAGAAGGUCUGUGA